CCCUCGUCAGCGGAGUUUUCUUUUUCAAAACGCUUUUUCUGUGCUGGGAAUUUACAGAUUUAGAUCAAGGAAGCCAGGUGAAUGUGCCCAAGUUAACUGAAACUAAAUUUAGAAAGCUAUUUUUAGCACAGCCGCCGACCAAUCGAUACGAUUUACCGAAUUAUUAUCUUUCGGCGAAUUCAUCUUCAUAACAUGAUGAGUACAAGAUGGCUACUCCAAGUAACAACUGGGUGAAGUUAAAUGUCGGUGGAACGUACUUCUUAACGACAAAACAAACGCUUUGUAGACAUCCUAACUCCUUUUUACACAGGCUUUGUGCAGAAGAUCCUGAUUUACCCUCGGACAAGGACGACAGCGGUGCUUAUAUGAUAGAUCGAGAUCCUCGCUAUUUUGGACCUGUUUUAAACUAUCUGCGACAUGGCAAACUUAUAAUCGAUAAAGACCUCCUAGAAGAAGGUGUAUUAGAAGAAGCAGAAUUUUAUAAUAUUGACCCUCUUGUUAAGAUAAUUAAAGACAGGAUACAGUCAAGAGAGGCACGGCAAAAGCUUCCACUUCAAUCAAAGAAACAUGUAUACAGAGUACUGCAGUGCCAUGAGGAUGAACUCACUCAGAUGGUAUCCACGAUGUCAGAUGGUUGGAGAUUUGAACAGCUAAUAAGUGUUGGCAGUAAUUACAACUAUGGUAGUGAAGAUCAAGCAGAAUUUUUAUGUGUUGUGUCAAGAGAUGUGUCUGAUUCACAAGAACAAGGGGCAGCUGGAACUGAACAAAGUGAUAAGGCUAAGACUUUACGACUGCAAGGAUUAAGAAUGUAGCAUCGAGUAGAGUAGGGUAGUUUACUUACCCCCCCCCCUCCCAUAAGUAUAAUUAUUGCUCUCACCUUACCAACAGUUACCUAAUCAAGGAGACAGUGGGUUGUGGUGUGAGUAAACAGAAACCAUAAAUUAUAUAUUAUUUGGUGGGGUGGGAGGGGAAAUAGGAAAAUUUAAUAGCAUUAUUCAUUGUCUGUGCUUGUGACUAAUAGAAUUUUAAAGUAAUUCUGAGACUUGUUUCUUUUACAGAAAAUAGGACUAUUUCUUAAAAUUGUAAUAUUGCUUUUUGUUUCUGAAUGCAAAAGAAAUGGUGUUUAGAUAAUCCUAUAAAAUUUCACUAGUUCUUGUGAAGUGCAAAACACAUGAGAAUUUUUGGGAGACAUUUGAAUUUACAGAGUAAGUAUUCUACCAAGGUGUUGGUAGUUUAAAAUCCUCCUUGUGGAGGCUUAUGAGAUUGUUUUUGGCCUGUGGUUGGUGAGGGUUUGGUUUCAUCCCAUCCUCUCAUCCUUUCUCAUCUCUCUCCUUCCCAGUCUUUCACCAUUCUUGUUUCCUUAUUUGGUUUUAUGUCCCUUUAUUCUUAAGAUAUCUUUAUCAAUUCUCCUCAAUGUCUGCUGUGCAUUUUUACAAGUUAUAGGCUCUACGAAUUUAGCUUUGAAUCAAGAAAUAUUCUUUGAUCACAAUUUCUUUCUUCUCAUUGUGUUCCUUCUUUAAGAACAUAUUUAGGUAAGGAGAAAUUUCAUGCUGAUCGCUUCUGAAAGUGAAAAGGUUACUUACCCUACUAUUUAAUCCUUGAACUCCCAAGAUUUGAUAUUUAAUUUUCCUCUCAUGCUGCGGCACAUUUCUUUUAAAACUAAUUAAAAUACUAUGGUGUUAGAUGAUGAUAACAACUACAUGAUAAGUUGAUAAGCGUUUAGUAUUCUCAUUACCUGUUUGCUGAAUAAUUUUUCAUAUUAUAAGGAGAAGUUACAUGUUAAUCAUUUCUGGGAGUUAAAGGGUUAAUAUUGUAUUUUGGGGUUUCGUUUCCUUUGCUAAUUGCUUUAAGUGACCCUCAAUAUUAUCAAAUGGGAUUAUUUCUAUGCUCUCAGAAAGUUUACUUGAAAUUUGAUACUUGCAUUUUGUCAACUGUCAGCCAAUGAAACUUCAAAAUUAACAGUCCUUGGUAGGCAAUGUUUAGUGUCUCUCCAGCAAUUGACAUGGCAUUGUUGCAAUCAAGGUUUGAAUUCUCCCUGUUGUUUUAUCUUAUUCCAUGGGAACUACACCCCAGACACAAUUGUUGGGACACCAACUGCCUUCUCUGCCACCCUUAAUGUUGUUCUGAAAGAUGGCAGACAAACGUUGGCAGGAAACCGCAUAGAAGCACUGGCAGUCAAUGGCAGAGAAACAUUGGCAGUUGAUGACAGAAACAUUGACAGUAAAUGGCAUGGGAAGAUUGGCAGUUUAUGCUAGAGAAACAUUAAUUGGCAGCUAAUGGCGUAGAAAGACUGGCAGCCAAUGACAUAGAAACAUUGGCAGGUAUCGGCAUAGAAAUAUUGGCAGUCAGUGGCAGAGAAACAUUGGCAGUAAAUGGCAUGGAACAUUGGCAGUUUAUGCUAGAGAAACAUUGGCAGCCAAUGGCAUAGAAAGACUGGCAGUCAAUGGCAUAGAAACAUUGAUAGUCAAUAGCAUAGAAACAUUGGCAGGUAAUGGCAUAGAAACAUUGGCAGUCAGUGGCAGAGAAACAUUGGCAGCUAAUGCUUAGAAACAUUGGCAGUAAAUGGCAGAGAAACACUUGCUUCCAAUAGCAUAGAAACGUUGGUAGUCAAUUGCAGGUAAUGGUGUGGAUACAGUGGCAGUUCAUGCUCAGAAACAUUGAUAGCUAAUGACAUAGAAACACUGGCAGUUUAUAGCAUUGAAACAUUAGCAGUUAAUAGUUAAUGGCAUAGAAACAUUGGCAGCAAAUGACACAGGGACAUAGGUAGUUUCUAGCACAGAAACAUUGGCAGUUCAUGCAAUAGAACUUUGGCAUUUAAUGGCAUAGAAACAUUGGUAGUUAACAACGAUAGAAGAGGGAGAGGGGUGAAAGAACAUCACAGAGGUUGUUCAAGAGUCCCAACUAAUUGUGUCUAGGUGUGAAGGUUGUCUGUCAAGGAAGCAAUCACCGGGAAAUUUUAUUUCAUUGGCUGAAAUGCAGUUAACAUAAAAGUUUUGUUGUUUUUUUCAAAGACUUUUAAGAGUUUUAUUUCUUAUGAUUGCCAUAAAUAAUGAAUGUGAAUUUGUUAUUUGCCUUGGUUCUCUGUCUCAGUGUUCAGAACACUUGCUUAACUACAAAUGAUUAAUAGAUAGAUUAAUUGAUUAGAGUUGAUAGAUGACAGAUGAAAUGGAUUUACGUUCAUACAAGCCAGCAAUUCUGAAAUGAAAAUAUUGAACCAGCAUAAUAGUGAUCGUUUUGUAUAUUUGUAUAUUUCCUUUGUAAAGCUGUAUAAAUUGCCCUUGUAAUUGAUUGGCAAUAAAUAUGAUUUUAGCUGCAACUGAAAAA